AUGGAGAAGGAACGCGAGGGGUUCCCGCUCACGGCGCUGCGCGAGGCGAACAUCCUGCUGUCGAUGCAACAUCCGAACAUCGUGGACGUCACCGAGAUGGUCGUCGGGCACACGUUGGACAGCGUGUUCAUGGUCAUGGAGUUUGCGGAUCACGACUUGAAGGGACUGAUGGAGACGAUGUCGAAGCCGUUUAGCGUGCCGGAGGUGAAGUGUCUCAUGCUGCAGCUCCUGUCCGGGGUGUCGUACUUGCACGAUAACUGGGUCCUUCACCGCGACUUGAAGACGUCGAACGUUCUCGUGAACAACCGAGGCGAGCUGAAGAUCUGCGACUUUGGUUUAGCGCGGCAGUACAGCGACCCGCUGCGAGCGUACACGCGCGUCGUCGUGACUUUGUGGUACAGAGCGCCGGAGUUGUUGCUCGGGACGAAGAUGUACGACACCGCGAUCGACGUGUGGAGCUUAGGGUGCAUCAUGGGCGAGUUACUCGGGAAAGAGCCGCUGUUCCAAGGGAAGACGGAGACGGACCAGGUGGACAGGAUCUUCAAGCUGUUGGGCACGCCGAACGAGAAAAUCUGGCCGGAUUUCCCGUCUCUGCCCGCGGCGAAAAAACUGACGACCGCGCGCCAGCAGCCGUACAACCAGCUCCGCAGGAAGUUCCCGAAGAUAUCCCCGAACGGCGGCCCGUGCGUGAGCGACCUCGGGUUCGAUCUCCUGAACAAACUCCUCGCGUACGACCCGAAACGACGCGUCACCGCCGAGGACGCGUCGACGCACGCGUUUUUCGCGGAGCACCCGCCUCCGAAGGAAAAGCGGGAUAUGCCGACGUACCCGUCGAAGGCGUCGGGGGAAGGGUACGCCGCGGCGAGGCGCGCGGCGAUGAAGAGGGACGAGGAUGUCGCGAGGCGCGCGGCGAUGGAGGCGGAUCCGCUCGAGGCGCAGAGGAUCAGAGAGGAAGCCGCGGCGGCGCGCGGGGCGGGGGGGGGCGGGUUGUUCUCGCAGUUUUGA